AUGGUGCAGUUUCUCGACUCCUUCAGGGGCGAUAAUGUCUGCCAGUGGAUGGGCGACCACAUCGAGGUGCCAGUUCUCCUUGUGAUCCCGUACGUGGCGAUGGUGCUGUACAUCCCUGACGCGUACAUGAAAAACCGCAAGCCCUUCGAUCUGCGCCAGCUGAACAUGGCGUGGAACCUGCUGCUGACCGUCUUCUCCACCCUGCGCGCUUACUACUGCCUCCCACAGCUGUAUCGCACAAUCUUUGUGCCGGAGUUCACGCUGCACGACUACAUCAACGGUGGCAAUAUCCAGUGGAAAGGCGGCAUGUACAACGCGUUUUGCUACUGGGACAGAAACAUCUUCUUCGAUGGCCCCGUCGGCGCCUUUGUAUGCCUCUUCAUCCUCAGCAAGAUCCCGGAGAUGCUCGACACCGCCUUCCUUGUCUUUCAGAAGAAGCCCGUUCGCUUUCUCCACUGGUUCCACCACGUGACCACAAUGCUGUACUGCUGGCAUGCGUACAUGUACAACAUCUCCGGUGGGCUCGUGUUCGCUGGGAUGAACUACGGCGUGCACUCCAUCAUGUACUUCUACUACUUCAUCUGCUCCUGCGGGUACCGCAAGUACGUGCGCCCCUUCGCGCCGUUUAUCACCCUCCUCCAGAUUGCGCAGAUGGUGGUGGGGAUGUUCACCGAGGCCUACACACUGUACAUCCUCUCCUUCACGAACAAGCGCUGUGACUCGAACGCGGCUAAUGCACGGCUGGGCUUCAUGAUGUACAUGUCCUACUUCAUCCUCUUCAGCAAGCUCUUCUACGACAGCUACCUGAAGUCCACGCCGCCGCGCUCGGCUGCCGCGAAGCAUAAUGAUGUCGCCGCUGUCCCGAACGGCGGGACGGCAGCAAUGAAGAAGGCUCAGUAG